UGAAGGACUUGAUGUACUAAAUAACAUAGUUGCACCCGGUAGUGUUGAAAUUGGUAAACACCGCAGUUGCGGACAUUUUGUAGCCUAAAAUGAUGUUAUGAUAAGCUUUAAUAAAGGGCCCGGUCAUUUGCCCCGCCCCCGGCCCGGCUCUGACUUGUUCCGCCACUGUCACUGAUGUCACUGUUUGCGCUGCUUAACGACAUCACGUGACGUCCACCCACUUUCGCUAACUCCACCCAAUGUGUCCACCCACUUCCAGCCAGCACGGUUCAGCGCGGUUGUAGUCGAAAUGCAACUCCAACAGCCCCACUCAGCUCGACUCGGCACGGCUCAGCCGCGUUUGUAGUGGAAAAGCGGCAUUAGUCACCCUAAGUGAGGAAAAAUGACAAAUUAUGAAAGAAAAUGCUGUUCCUAAAAGCACUAAAGAUGCUACAAAAUUUGGUCUAAAACUAUUCAAAACGUAAGGUGGAAUUGGGAUUUAUUUUAUCAAUUUCAAAACAAAGUAUUUUAUGUGAGUCGGCGUAGAUAAGUGACAAGUCUGCGCUGUGCCUUUAUUGCAUUUGAAAUAAAAAAUUUUUUUCAAUACGAUUUUUUUUUGGAAAUAACCACUUGUGUAUUUGUACUAAAACAAUUAUCCACCUCAGGCUCAGUGAAUAUCGGUGAAUAAUAACCUCAACUUCGGUGAAUAAUUGUUAAAUACUUGUUUAGUUUAUUUCUUCUCAGUAGCAUCGUGUUUUUCUAUGUCUUCGAUAGCUGCCAUGUACAAUAAAAUUACAAACAAACUACAAGGUUAUUGAAAGAGACAAGAACCAAUAGAUUGAGAAAAUUAAAAAAUAUAUAUCGAAGGAAAUUCUUUUGAAUGGGUAGUUUGUAAAAAAAAAAGGUCAGCGAUGAGGUAACUGUCUGGUCUCGACACUGUGACUAGCUGUGAAAUCAUAUCCCCCAGUGUUUAUAGUAGAUUUAAUGGAGUAGAUUUAUAUUUUAUACACAAUUCAGGUUCAUGUUCCAAGUUCGUUAGUUACUAUAGAGACAGUAUAACAUGCUUUUACCCUAAUCAUUAAAUUGUAUAUCGUUUUGUUUUAAAAAAUGUUUUAAUGAGUGUGCAGGUUUUUAAGCCCUAUUCGGUUCGGGUUAUUUUGUCAAAGGGGCGUCCAUAAUACAUUUUUUUGAUACGUGAUAAAACUCACAUCUGGAUAGCAAUAAAAAGACUACAGGAGGAGCAAGUUUCUCGCGGGUUGUAUUUGAUACAAACAUGGAUGUUUGCGUCAUGCGGUCACAUGAUCAUAGCCAACUUAGUUCACAUCAUGGCAGUUGAGUAGAGAAGAGACGCUGUUAUUUCAGUGUGGAGCGAACCGAGAUGACAGCAACAAUUUGAAAAUAAAACAAUAUCACAAAGUAUACCAGGAUCUAUUUUUUGCUCUGCAACUCGGGUUUGAAAGUAUACUGGAAGGAAUCUAUGGGCCGAGGUUGUUGCAAGAUCUCAGCAUAUUCGACAGUGUGUGUUUGCUUCUCAGAUUGUGAGCCUGAAGCGACUGCUGAUUGGUCAACAGAUGUGCGUUGCUCUUUCUGUAACUUACAGCUUGAAAAAAUCAGUGAACGCUCGCCUGACUCGCCCCCCCACGCCGAAACCCCCCCUCAGGGUAUCAACACCUCAGACACACUCCAGUGCCAAGCAGACCAGUUUCUGCAUGCAGUCUUACACAAGAAAGAAUUCCCUGAGAGCUGCGACCCCAUUAUUCCAUUGGCUGCACAGGAGUUGAUGAGGAAGAUGAUUCGCCAGUUUGCCGUUGAAUAUGCGCAUAAAAUUCAAACAGCGGAAAACCAGAAUGCCAUCACGCAGACAGAGCCAGAUGGACCACUGGACCUGACACUCAGCCGCAGCACACAGUGUGCACAGCAAGAUGGCGUUCUCGACCUCUCAAAGAAAAACGCACCGUCUCUGAACACGCUCGCGCAACAAAGACUAUCAGGCUGUUUGGAGACAAAGGAGGAAGAGUGCAGGACAAAGGAGAGAGAGGAAGGACAGGAGCAGAGACGUACGGCGCUGGAGGAAGUGAUGACAUCACUUUGUGCUCACCACAGAGUCCUGCUGUUGCACAUCCUGCAGGAAAUGACGACAUUCCUGCCAAAGGACGAGUGUGGGGCGGUGGUGACUCAGAGGGACGUGCAUGGGACAGCAGUGACUCCGAGGAGCGAGCGUGGUGGUGGUUACUGCUGUCGCACUGAUCGAUCACUGUGUGUGUUGAGUAGCUGUGUAGCGGCUAGGUGUGUAUGCCCGUGUAGACUUGGUGUGUGUGCGCUGCAUUCCACGUGUCUGUGCAUGAACAGGUGCAGCAGCUUGUCCUGUCAGAACGUCACGUUCGGGUGUGCCAGCUGCUGCACUUGCUCCCGGUUACUGGUGUGCCAGCACAAACACGGUAGUAACAACGCACACAUUGCACACACAGGUAGUGUUACACACUCACGCUGCCACAGUCCAUCCCCUCCCCCUCUGUCUCCUCCUCCGCUGUCCCCGAAACCACAGGACGCCGAAAGCAGCCAUGAUCCAGACAUGCCCACGCUGAACACACACACCCUGAAUACACAGCCUCCACCUCUCCUUCCUCACAACACACACACUAAUCAAACACUGAUACCUGAAACACAUGCCAAGCCAGAACACUUUAUAGACUUAAUGGACAAGUUCACUGACACACUGAUGGAGGUGUCAGAGCGAGAGUGGAGUGUGCACACGCACACGGGUGAUGGUGUGAAAGCGUGUGACGAUACACACCUAACCGAAAUCAUCACUACUGUCUUACACAGCAGCAGUGAGAAAGACUACAACCUGAAGGAGCUCUUUGAGCAACACCUCGCCUCUGAGAAACGAUCCCCUCAGACGCGCUCACAGAGGCGACAGGAAGUUAUGCAGGCCAUCAGCAGGGCACAUGACCAACCUGCAACACGCAGGCAGAGCCUACAGAUCAAACGUGACCUUGCACGACUCGAACCUGACAUUUCUAGGAAGAAGAAGAGGAAGACACACCUGAUUACCCAUGGCACACACACUCAGAGCCCAGACACGCCCAUCUCACAGGCUCAGAGCCCAGACACGCCCAUCUCACAGGCUCAGAGCCCAGACACGCCCAUCUCACAGGCUCAGAGCCCAGACACGCCCAUCUCACAGGCUCAGAGCCCAGACACGCCCAUCUCACAGGCUCAGGGCCCAGACACGCCCAUCUCACAGGCUCAGGGCCCAGACACGCCCAUCUCACAGGCUCAGGGCCCAGACACGCCCAUCUCACAGGCUCAGGGCCCAGACACGCCCAUCUCACAGGCUCAGGGCCCAGACACGCCCAUCUCACAGGCUCAGGGCCCAGACACGCCCAUCUCACAGGCUCAGGGCCCAGACACGCCCAUCUCACAGGCUCAGGGCCCAGACACGCCCAUCUCACAGGCUCAGGGCCCAGACACGCCCAUCUCACAGGCUCAGGGCCCAGACACGCCCAUCUCACAGGCUCAGGGCCCAGACACGCCCACCUCACAGGCUCAGGGCCCAGACACGCCCACCUCACAGGCUCAGGGCCCAGACACGCCCACCUCACAGGCUCAGGGCCCAGACACGCCCACCUCACAGUCUCAGGGCCCAGACACGCCCACCUCACAGUCUCAGAGCCCAGACACGCCCACCUCACAGUCUCAGAGCCCGGACACGUCCAUCUCACAGGCUCAGAGCCCAGAUAUGCCCACCUCACAGGCUCAGAGCCCAGACACGCCCACCUCACAGGCUCAGAGCCCAGAUAUGCCCACCUCACAGGCUCAGAGCCCGGACACGCCCACCUCACAGGCUCAGAGCCCAGAUAUGCCCAACUCACUCAGUCAGAGCCCAGACAUGAUCCACACACACACUCAAAGCCCAGACACACCCGUCUUGCAGGCUCAGAGCCCAGACAUGCCCAUCUCACAUGCCCGGAGCCCGGACACAACCAAUACACAUGCUCGGAGCCCGGACACGACCAAUUCACACCCUCAGAGGCAAGACACGUCUAAUACACAUAGUAACAUAUCAGAGCCCUGUAGAGAGAAAUCAGAGCCCUGUGGCACUGUGCGGUCACGGCGGAAUAUUGUCCGUCCUCAACACUUGUCUUCCUAUGUCACUGAGCCAAGGAAGAUGUUUUAUGCUGCUUGUCGCUCUGCUAAAACUAACAGCACCCCCACUCGUAGCACAGACAUGACUGAACCCCCACCCAGUACUGUGACAGAACGACUCAAAACUCCACCCGGUUCACCUAUCAAGAGAAAAAUCUUUAAAGACGAGAACAGUGGACAGUCUCAAUCUGAACGGCGAUUAAAGACACGCCAUUCUGAAGACGAAACACAACCCCCAAGUCCUGUAAUCAUUGACUCUACAGACUUUGACGACGUUAAGUACGUCAGUCCCAUAAAACUCAUGCUGGUGUCGACUAUUAAAGAUGAAGAUGGUGUUAAGUACACACUGAGAGCUGCACAACCAAACAAUGAUGAAGAAUCAUUCGAUCCGUGUGUGGAGGCAUCGUGGAUGCGAAACACAAACAAAGAACAGACUGAGAAUAAAACUAUACAGUUAAUGAACAAUGAGUGUGUUGAAAAGCUCUGUACAGAAGAGUCUGCUAAUAUAGAGGGUCUGAGCGACUGUGUCAAGAGCAUUAAUGAGACUGAACCAACUAUUAAAAGGCGCCCUGGACGGCCUAAAAAGUUAAAAGCUCCAAUGGAGAAAGCAGUGAAGCGUCCAAUUGGCCGACCACGGAAAUCCAAACCUGUGGACACAAAUGUGGUUUCCAGUGAGGAAACUGAAAAACAAAGCACAGAAGAUGCAUCGAGCGGAGAGGAUUGCAAUAAAAACCUGAAGAUCACUAUUACAUAUGGGAGGCGGAAAGCACGGAGGAGGGUGUGUGAGGGUCAAGUUCCUACAGAACAAAGCAAAGGCAGUAGAGGUUUAACACAAAGCAGCAAUGCAGAAGAGAAUGCACAAUCCAUACAGGCACAAGUCAGCAUGAAUAAAGAUCAGUUGAGCCUAGUAAUACCUGUGGAGGACAGGAAAAAUCUCACACAUUCAAUCAUGUGUCCAAAGCAGAGUGAUGGAGCAGGGACAAGGAGACCAGGAAGACCAGCGAAGGUCAAAAUCUCAGGGAUUUCUGUUACCGUUACCACGGUUUCACCACGGCAGCGUAAAAUCCACAUGAAACGAGACGUGAGAGAACCAGCAAUACAGGGACGGGCACUGGCGACUGAACUGGAACCGAACGAAGAGCAGGAGACAAUCACUGAGGAAACGCAAGCCUCUGUUAGACACUCAGUCCGAGAAAGAAGACCUUCCAUUCAUCUGUUGCGGUGUAUUGCUGUGUCACGUUCUAACACACCAACACCCAGAUCGCGCAAACAGCUGGUGAACAAAGCUAACGAAACACAAACACAGCAGGAGACACAACAACAUGAACCUAAAGAUGCUAAUGACACCAAGGCUGGGCCAAACACUUCUCCACAGGAUACCGUCCAUUUCUCAGCAGCGUCCGUUGAGUCCCUCUUUGAUGCAAAUCUGCAGUGGUGGCCAACGUCAGCGUCACCUGAAGCGUUAAAGAAAGAGAUGAACAGGCGGCUCAAGGUAAUGACAGAGACGUGGGUUUCAGACACGCCAGACGUAGCCACGCUGGUUGAGGAUAACAGCUCAGCUCCAAGUUCGUCCGCAGUGAGGAUGCUGUUUGAGCAAGACUGCAGCAUGGAGACACUUUGCUCCUGGUUCAUGCAGACAACCGAGACUCAGUCUCUUGCCAUUGUAAAGAAAGCCAACAACCGAAGUCCAUGUGAGGUUUUUCAGUAUAGCUCGGUCCAGGCUAGCAACAGACCAAAUAUAUGCUCAAGUCCGCAGGCAGAACGGCUCAGGAAAUGUGUAAAAAAAUUUGCUACAGUUGUCCCUAAAAGUCUGAUGAAGCUCCGGAGAGCACAAGCGAAGAUCCGUGGGACACACAAUUCUUUCACCAAGCAGCAUAUAUUCCACACAACACACAAUGACAUUGAGAAAUCACAGCAGUGUGGUGCAUGGCAUCUUUAUAGAACUGCUCUAGAUCGAGCAAGAUCACGAUUCAAAUCCAGGACCAAGAACAUUGAUUAUAAAAGUCUUAAUGAGCAGGAGGAAAGUGGAACUCAGCCUGCAAGCGUAUCUGAACAAGGUCUGUUGAACACAGUACAGAGCGAGUCUCGCAGGACAUCAACGCAGCAAGAACAGAUCACUGCUAAUGCCUGGAGUGCACACACCCUGAGGGAGUGCAAAGUGUUUUUGAGGAAGUUAAACUCUGCCAACACACGCUCACUGUCUGAGGAGUCGAACGACUGUACAGUGAGGUUCAACGUGUCACCUGCUGGAGGUGGGUCAGUGCAACAUCAGGAGCAAGGGGUCAGAAAGAGCAUUAAACUGGAGAAGAUAAGUAACUCAGGCACCUCCACAUGGCAGCAGAGUAAAGUAAACAGGAAGCGCAGACACUCCUGCACAAAUGUGUUGCCCCCAUCACGGAAACAGCAGCGCAGCAGCAGAGGAGUCAUGGCUGCCAAGUGGUCUGACUUUAUACUCGGUCCAGCCAGAUAGCAGCGUCGUUCCUCACACACUCGGUGCCUUUAAAAACGAUGAGUCGGGGAAAUAAGAAGUGUUUUGACGUGCACACAAAAGCCCGGCAAGCAUCACGUAGCAACAAACUUUAUGAAACUUGCACUAUUUUACUGCAUUAUUUCUUGAUUUUCUCUUUAUGUCUGAGAGACGCUGUGUUGGAAUUGUUUUUGAAAUGUGAUUUGUUUGUUCAGAAGAGUGAGUGCAGUCGAUGUGAUCUUUAAACGUAGAUCACGUAGAAACGUUCCAGCCAACACACUGAUCAUUCUGUUUAUCAUUUAACACCUGAUACACUGCACUCUCAAAGAAAACUACAUUAAAUCAAUCUGUUGCUCAGAAUGAAACAAUAUUUAAUUUUCAUAUUGCACUUACCUUUAUAAUUUUAUUAUAUAAAAGACUGUAAGCAUUAUUCUCUGGUUCCAUAUCAGUCAGGCUUUAUUCUUUGGGAAAAAUACACACACUCAAAAAUAAUAAGGGCCCUGAGACCAACUUGUGCUGCUUUCUGAGUAGAAGAAACUUUAUUUCUUCCCAAACAUGCUGCUGAACCUAGAGAGUGAUAUGCAGAGCAAGGAUCGUGAAAAUCCAGUGUGUGUGAAUCCUGUGCAACAGUGUGAAGCUCAAAAUGAUUCAAUUCUGAUUCUCAGGGAAAUUAUUUGGUGCAACAUACAGUGGUGAUUGAAAGUUUGUGAACCUUUUAGAAUUUUCUAUAUUU